CCUACAUUGUUUUUAACAUCAGUCCAACCCUAUUUAUAUUUUUUUUAUGACAGGAAUUUGGAAUUGUUGACAAUGAAGAAUAUAUUGAGGACAAGAAUACACUUCACCUGACUUUUCGCACAAGAAAAGAAGCAGAAAUCGUAAGAAUAAAUAUUUCUUUCUUCUUGAAGCUGUCAUAGUGUGUGCUCUUUUUCGCAGUUUGACCAUGGAUAAGCAGUAGCUGGAGCAAAAAUUAUCUAAAGAAAAUGGGAAUAAUUAAACUGUGUUGAUAGUAAUGCAGGAGAGUAUCUCAAGAACUUUUCAACAAGCAAAUUCCUGUCCUUCAAAUUAACUGUAAACUGUUUCACUUCAUGGCAGUGUAUUUACUUCUGUUUUGUUGUGCUAGGCUUACAACAAAGGGAAAAUAUUCAAAGGAAGAGCUCUGAAAGUUUCAUGGUUUCGUGCCUCAGUCCCUCCUCCUUCUCCAUCUACAGCUGUUCCAACCACUCCCACCACACCCACCACCCCUACCACUCCAACAACACUGAGGAAAGUUGAGGAAGAGCUAGGACUUUUUGAUGCAGAAUUUGUAAGUUGAUGAUGGCUUGGUUGAAGCACUUUGAGACUUUGAGCAUUUUGCUCUGAAUUCCUGUUAGUUACCAGUCGUGAUGGCCCAUUUCUUGAAAUACCUGGCAACUUGACAGGCCCAAAAAGCUGAUUCUUGUGUCUUUUGUUUCAUUUAAUCUCCAAAAUUGUCUGUUUAACCCCUUUACACUCUAUCAUCAAUGUGCAUAUUCUCCCCACUGUUUUCUGUAUAUUUCCAAUGGUACUGACAAGAUGAAUUUUUUGAUAAUCAGGAGCUUCUUUAAUUGGUAAUUAUUUCCUUUAUUCUCAUGACCUUUGCAUUUGAUUGAGGCAGAUACUGUGAGGAGAAUUUAGAGGCCAGUCACUGUUAUCAGUUUUUAGUACAUUUCUUUUGUUACUGACAAGGAUUCUUUUGAUAAUGAUCAAAGCUUCUUAGGAUAUCGAUCAUUUCCUUUGUUCUUUUGACGUUAAUGUGUGCUUGAGGGGUGAUAUCUUGAGGGGUGAUAUCUUGAGGGGUGAUAUCUUGAAAUUAGAUUCUACUCACUCUUAGGGGUCAAAGGGUGAACAGUUGUGUUCCCUUUUCAGGGAAAACAUGAAUUUGAUCCUGAGACAGAUGAAGCUCUCCUUUUGGGGGAAGACUUUGAUGAGGAAGAAGAAGAAGAAGAUGAGCGGUCAUGGAAAAGAUAGUUACAGCAUGACUUUGAAUGGAAAAAUAGGACUAUUACAUGUUGUAACUUAACAUUUUGUGACACGGAUAGGAAAGCCACUCUGCUAUCUUCCAGAGUAACAGUUUAUUUAUGUGAGCAUGCCACAUAAUUCUGUAACCAAAUUGAGGUACUACUCAAAUUUUAGAUGAAAUGUAGUUAUCUUAUGUUGUUAUUGCUAUUUUAAUUUUAUUUCAUGUUGUUAUGAACCAUUGUACAGUGAAAAAGUCAUUAACUUUAGAAGAGUGAAAUGAUUCUUUAAAAAAAGAAAAAUGGAGAAAAAAGACAAUGAAAAGAACUUCUACAAAGAGAAAAGAACAAAAAACAGUUGCUUGACUUCAAGCUUCUAGAAGAAAAUUAUU